CGACUUACCAAACAUGAAACAGUGACGUAUGCGCCUUCCUCCACCUCCAGUCGGCCAUCGCUGUCUUGGGGCCUGCGUAACCAAGCAACUGCCCAAAACUCGGAAUCGACACGUAAACGAAGGAUUUCUGAGUAAUCCCUUUUCGAUUCAAAUCCCCUCAUCCUUUUCUCAAUCGAAUUGACUACUGAUCGCAAAAGGCUUCUCACCCAAUCACUCGUUUUGUCCGUAAAUAAAACACCCAUUCAUUGAUACCGCUUCUCACCCAAUCACUCGUUUUGUCCGUAAAUAAAACACCCAUUCAUUGAUACCAUAUAUAAUCAAUUCAAUUACCGAAAGUUAUUAUUCGUUGAUUUUUGUUAUAUGGAUACGGAAGAGCUCCUCAGUAUCGACCCUUCAGAGCUCGAAUUUCCAUUCGAGCUCAAGAAGCAGAUCUCUGUAUCUUUCCAAUUGUUGAACAAGACUGAUAAUCAUAUUGCUUUCAAGGUGAAGACAACCAAUCCCAAGAAGUACUCUGUCCGACCUAAUAAUGGCGUUGUUCUUCCUCGUUCAACCUGCAAUGUCAUUGUAACAAUGCAAGCCCAAAGGGAGGCACCUCCAGAUAUGCAAUGCAAAGACAGGUUUCUCAUCCAGAGUGUGGUUGCUCGCCCUGGUGCUACGCCAAAGGAUAUUAACCCGGAAAUGUUUAACAAGGAGGCAGGUAAUCAUGUUGAAGAUUGCAGAUUGAGAGUUGUUUAUGUUUCUCCACCUAAACCACCAUCUCCGGUUCCUGAAGAAUCCGAGGAAGGGUCUCCGCCUAGGGCUUCUGAAUCCAAAAAUGAACAUUUGAAUGGUUCUGAACUACCUGCUGUUUCGGGAGAGCAUGUUGAGGUUCGGGACAAUUCCACCCAGGCAAGGGCUCUUUUUUUGAAGUUGAGUGAGGAGAAGAAUAACGCUAUUCAACAAAACAAGCAGCUUUGCCAAGAACUGGAACUUUUGAGGCGAGGAAGUGCGAAAGGCAGCAGGGGAAUACCUCUUCUGUAUGUUGUGCUCAUUGGCUUGCUUGGUAUUAUCAUGGGAUAUCUCCUAAAGAAUUCGUGAGCGAACCUGGGUUGAAAUACAAGUAAUUAAAGAGAAGCUGCUAAAGCAUAAUUCGUAGUCUUUACAAUUUUGCUCUUCAUAGCUUAUUAAUUGCAUUUGGCUUUAGGAAGCAUAUGUUGAAGGCAGUUCCAAACACUUGUAAUUGUGAACAUUAUUAUGCGACGAUGUAAUCGAAUACUUUCUUUUAAUAUUACACAAGAUUUAUACAGCCA